AUGAAUCCCGAGAAGGAUUUUUACAAUUAUUAUCAAUCCGUUGGUGGUGAACUUGAAAAUAAUAAAUCAUACGAAUCAUGUGCCCUCCGUAAAACAUUAGAUGAAUCCGGCGUUUGUGUUGAAAUCAAAUCAUUAUCAUUCAUUACGAUCGACAAAAUAUAUGCUAUUUUCGUCGGAUAUAUCGGCGAACAGAUUCCCGAAAAUAAGGAACCCACUAAACAUGCUGAUGGGCAAUUGGAAAAUCCCAAUUUCGAGGAUCCCGUUCUUCAGUAUUGA